AUGUACCCGACACCCUCGACCCACACUGGCGCCGCCGCCACCGACCCCGUCCGCCGUAGCCGGCCGCCCUACGGCCCCGCACCCCUCCCCUGCACCGCCCCAACCUCCACCACGCCCCUGCCGCCCCUUCCACGUCGGCCCCCCCCCCACCAUCGCCACUCCCCUGCGUCGCCAUCCCCGAUCCGCGCCGCCGCCGCCGACCCCGUCAGCCGUAGCCGGCCGCCCCAGCGGCCCGCACCCCUCCCCUGCGGCGCCCCGACCUCCACCGCGCCCCGCCUCCCCUUCCACGUCGGCCAGCCGCGCUGCGGCCGUCCAGCCGCCCCGCCCCCUCCCCUGCGUUGUCGUCCCCGCACCGUCCCGCCGCGGCCGUCUGGCCUCCCCCUCCAGCGGCCGGCCUCCCAUCCACCGGCCGCCCCGCGCCUCCUCCGGCGAUCCCUGCAGGUGUUGACAAGAUGGUGGGCAAGGGUCCAGAGCGCCCCGAGCCUCCUGCAAGCCGAGCGCAGCCAACCCGGCACGCCCAAUGGCAUUUGCGCCGACGAGCUUCAUGGCACGGAGGUCGCCUGCGCGGCGAGCUGCCUCGCUGACCUCAUUAGCGAGAUCCGCCUCUCUGACGAGCCCGCGCCCGACGCGGGAGCAGCCAGCACCGAGAGCUACCUCGUCGACCUCCUUGGCAAGCUCGACAUCGCGAACGAGCCGGCCUCCGACCUGGACUGUGGCAGCACCGUCACGGAGGUGCUCGUCAUCGGCCACGACGGAGGCUCUGGUGGGGCUGCCGAACACCCGCUGUAG